GCAGCAUGGCCGGUCUGGGCGGCGGCCCCGCCGCCUUCGGGCGCUGCACGCACGCCGUGGUGCGCGCGCUGCCCGAGUCGCUGUGCCGGCAGGCGCUGCGCUCCGCGCCGGGCCCCGACGUGGACUUCGCCCGCGCCGAGCGCGAGCACCAGCUCUACGUGGGCGUGCUGAAGAGCAAGCUGGGGCUGCAGGUGCUGGAGCUGCCGGCCGACGAGAGCCUGCCCGACUGCGUCUUCGUGGAGGACGCGGCCGUGGUGUGCGAGGAGACGGCGCUGCUGACCCGCCCGGGCGCGCCCAGCCGCAGGAAGGAGGUUGAAGCCAUGAAGAAAGUAUUAGAAAGCCUUAACCUCAAUAUAGUAGAGAUGGUAGAUGAAAAUGCAACCUUGGAUGGUGGAGACGUCUUAUUUACAGGCAGAGAAUUUUUUGUGGGUCUGUCUAAGCGGACAAAUCAACGUGGAGCAGAAAUCUUGGCCGACACAUUUAAGGAUUACGCUGUCUCCACAGUCCCUGUUCAUGAUUCUUUGCAUCUGAAGAGUUUUUGCAGCAUGGCUGGACCAAACCUGAUUGCUAUCGGAUCAAGUGAAGCUGCACAAAAAGCUCUCAAGACCAUGCAACAGAUGAGCGACCACCGCUAUGACAAGCUGACAGUGCCUGACGAUGCUGCAGCAAACUGCAUCUACCUAAACGUGCCGAGCAAAGGCCACGUCCUGCUGCACCGAGCCCCCGAGGAGUAUCCCGAAAGCGCCAAGGUUUUUGAAAAACUGAAGGACCACAUGCUGAUCCCAAUAGCCAACACAGAACUGGAGAAAGUAGAUGGGGCACUCACCUGUUGCUCUGUGCUUAUUAACAAAUCUUCAGAAUUAUGAGUUUACAGACUCCCUCCCUUGUAACUGGCAAUAAUGUUACAUACAAGGUAGAUGAAUCUGUAUCCACACUUUUAUUGUUUUUAUUGACAAUCUACUGUACCACUGUGCUACUAACCCUUGUUUACAAAUUUUUUGCUUUGUGUAUUUUUAUUAUGUCCUUGCAGAUGGUAUUUAAGGUGAGUGUAUGCUUUUGUUGGGGGCACAUUAACUCCGAAGUAUGCUAGUCCCAUGGGCUAGCAGAAGACAAAUUACAAUGGCUAACRCCUAGCUUUAGUGAUUUAACAUAUAAUGUGUGAAAAUUAUAUGAAAACCAACUAAUUCACAGAAGUUCAAGCACUUCUUUACAUUGUUCUCCUUAUGCCUUUUUUUUCUCUUGCUCCUUUCUCUGCAUCUUUUCUCCAUUCUUCAGUCUUUCUUCUCUGUUUCUCUCUUUAUUUUCAGUGAUGCAAGGUAUCAGUGGAGACUGAAGAAAAUUCAGUGAGAUCAUGAGCUUGGUAUCUCGUGUGGUAGGGAAGCUUUCCUUACGCUGGCUGGGACAGUGCAUGGCAGGCUGUGCUCAGCAUCUUGGCUGCAUCAUGUUGCUGCUGCUGGGCAGGUUCAUGGCUAGAAUCAGGUUCAGACACCAGGURGCAACUUAGGCCAAAGCUCCCUCUUUCAGGUGUGUUCAAGGGCAAUGACACUUGCCCGGGAAACCUGAGUGACAGAAAAAGAAGUUGCAGAGCAGCCACACCAGGUAAAUCUACAAGUUUAGGUCCCUGUUUGCUGCUGAUGCUGUCUUGCAACUGAAAGAGAAUAGAAGAGGAGCAUUUUAAAAGGCCAGAUGCCAGGGACCACCUAGACCACCAAAAAGGAAGACUGAGAUGCUUUUGGAAAAGUUAAACUAGAGAAGUAAGAAUAUGGGGUUAUUUCAGUCUGUCUGUGUGAACUUUCCUUUCAGUCUCUCUGCUGUUGUUUUCUUCUCUUUUGGAGGCCACUUGCUAGCAAAUUCAAAAGAAAGGGUGAUAGAACCAGUUGAAGGACAGUUAUUCCUGGAUUAUGCUCAUGAAUAAGGGAAGCCAUUGUUGUCUGAGAGACUGGCAUGUGUAUUUUAUCUGUCCUUGGGGCAGUUUUCCUUGGAACAAUGACCAUCUUAUUUUUUUAAUUGCAUGAAUAUUUACUGUGGUAUUCAGUUAAAACAAAUAUAUUUGUAGCAAAUUCCACAACAUCCUUACCCACUGACUCAUACAUUUUUUCACCACAGUAACAUGGAGUAUACUCCAUUGUAGUCAUACGAUUCGUGUUAAAACAUUAUAAACUAAGGAUGGAGAAAUUCCCAAACAGAAGCAGUAGUGGGAACUCUCCAGAGGCUGACAAAUAGUCUGAACAUUUUAUCAACUUCCCAGACAUCUCCCCCACCUUUCCUGAACCACUCGUGGUGGCUGCUGAGAUACAGGAGGCAGGGAGCAAGGAGCUCRGUGAGUGUGGCCUGCGCGGGAGGACGCGGCGGUAGCCAAGCGCGCUCUGCGACAGUGGCCCCUGGCAGGCCGCGUGCCGCUGCACGGGGAGGCAGCUCCGCCGCUCACGUUCACAAACAUCCUGGCAGAGAUCGCGUCUCACCGUGGCCGGCAGCUGCGCCGGGGAAGUCCGUACGUCCCGGCGGCUCCUGGGAUGGCUGAGUGCCGCCCGAGCGCGUCGUGUCCCGUGAGGAUGAGAGCUGUUGAUGACCAGAGAAUAAAAUGUAGGUGAGCAGAGAGCUCGUCCCACAGGAAGCUGCCAGCCUGGCGGAGGGCAGCGUGCUGGUCCAGAGCCUGCUGGUCCUGAGGACUUGUCUCACCCUUCCCCUUGGGCUCCUCUGUUGCCACUUGCCAUCAUUUCAGCUUGAGCUGCCUAGUCGGGCUCUAAGGUUGGAAACACUACAGUGGGGAAUCUCCUUUCCUUCCUUUGUCUUUUUAAAUAUCUCAUCGAGCUUCUUGCAUUUUAGAACCACUUGAUAUUAAACAAAGAAGAUUUUGUGCCAAAAGUUAACCUAUAGUAUUUAACCAUGACCUUCUAGAAGCAAGUAUAUACCYUUUGAAACCAUAUGUAGCUGUGGGAGCCACUGUGUGAAGCGGAGCAGAGCCUGUCCGUGCCUCCGAGGGCCUGGCUGCACCUCGCCCCAUCCACGGGSCCCACUCCCUCUCCCUUGUCUCAUCGGGGCCAGCCCAUCCCAUGGGAGCACUGAUCCAUCGUUAGGCUGUAGGAUUUCUGUUCAGUUUGUCUCUAACUUKGUUGUGUUUUUCUUUUCAUCCACGGUUACCAUUCACCUGUUUCUCACUUCCUCGGACUCUGGUUUCUAGUUUAUUGCAUGAUAAGCGCUUUUCUUUUUUAAUUUUAAGAAUUUUUCCACUGUUGUCUCAGUUCUCUUGUCCUUUGAUCUUCUUUUCCUGCACUCCUAUCUCUUCUCCUCACAGUUCAUUCCAGAGUAYUCCAACUCACAGCGGGCUGUCCUAAAUUUACUUGCUCCUUGAGCAAGUGCCAAGAGGGGAUCGUUUUUGCUCUGAGAGACUUCUGAGUGAGAAGGAUGACUAUCAUCAGGAACAGUAUACAGAGGGUGACUCCUCCUUUUUGGUCUUGCUCCAGAAAAGAGAAAAAAAAGUCACUUGUGGUGGGGACCAUCGAUGACUUGUGUCCCUGAAAGAAAUGGAAUGGGUGAUGAGGGAUCCCUCUUGGGAGAGGCAGUGUGAGAGGUUGCUCUUGCUAAGGAGGCAGAUUGGAUCUCAGAGCUGUGAAGCUUCCCACUUCAGAGAGGUUGAUCUUUCACCAACUGCCAUGUAGAUUUCUUUGUUUUCAGAGCUGCAUUUUAGUCUAUAGCGAGAGCCAGGAGGGGCUGAGGGACCUGAAUCCCCUCAGGUGCUGAUUUCAAGACAUUCACAGUGUCUAACAUGAGGUAUAUAAUCACACCUCUUCUGCCUCCGUUGGUUCGAUAGGUGUCAUAGGCUCCCAACAUAGAUGCUGUGAAUUAUACCUUAGUCUGAUGCCAAAAGUCAUUUAACCUUAUUAGUGGGGUUGCUCUCUCCUCUCUGCUUCUCGUGUUAUUCUUUACGAUGGCAUUAUAUAUAAAGCAAAAAAAGCUUAAGAGCGCUUCAGUUUGUGCAUUUGCAGUACGGUACUAAGAACCAAAAUCAUGCCAAACACUUGUCAUUCUUGCUCUUUGCGUUGUGUUUUCUGUUGCCUGGCCGAAGAAUUCAGUUGUGAGAGCAUUUCUGCUGUAGCACAUAUGCAUUUAUCGGGCAUCCUGUACAUCUUGUCACUAGAACAUUUUUCAGAUGCCUGAUGCAAAUCAUCAUCCUGGAUUAAUAUAGUAAAAUCCCCAAACCAAAAAAGGAGACGAGACACUGAACACUAAUAGGCARCCCACAUGAACCAUUUGAUAACAACUACCAGGCCGUAUGACACAGCAGGCCACUGCAGAGGCCUUGUGGUGAAUAACUCAGCACUGGGGCUUGGGUUACUCAUCACGGGUUGGUUUGGUCUUGGUUUUUUUUAAGCCAUCAGUUUAGCUCAGAUCAAAGGAAAGAGCUACUGUGUUCAUGGCAGAUACUCGUGGAUGUUGCUGUCCAUUCCUGUGCGUCUAGGAAGAAGUUGUGACGUGUGGGUUUCCCUUUUCAACAGAAUGUGAAUACGGUGUCUCUCUCUGCAACGGAAAUGUGAAUGCAUAUUGUACCUUAUAAGAUAAACUUGAAUUCUUCCACUUCUACAUUAUUGUCUUUUCCUUGCAAAUGUACUCUUUGUCAGUCUUAAAUAUAUGCCAUUGUACGAAGCUAUUCUCUGAAUUUUUGAGUGAUUUCCAUGAGAUAGGUACAGAGCUCAUAUGCAACACCAUGUCCAGUUUUAAAAAUAAAGGUCAGUGAAAUGCAGAACAAUGAACCUGCUCUUUUUGUUUGUUCACAGUAAGUUGGGAAUGAAAUAUGAAAAAAAGGGGGUUGAUUUUAUUCAGCUUCUUAAACACUAGAUCAAUGCAGUCAGAGCCAAAUUACUUUGAUAAAAAACAUCAAAAUUCACAUGGUACUGUUUCAGGAAAAAUAAUUUGCUAUUUAAGAUCUCUAUUUUUAUUUUCAUUAAAAAGGGAGCUGAAAAGACUGUUAGGGUAGUUAUUUAUCCAGUGAUUGUGAACAAAGUAUCGUUGGAUCUCACUUGUAUUUUCAGAAAAGUUUUAACUGGACGUAUGAUGUAACUUGUAUAGAGUUGCAU